CUCCCUCCUCUCCUCCUCGGUGGGGUUGGUCGCCUUUUCUGUUGUUGUUUGUUUGGUUUGUUUUGCAACUCGACUUUUUAUUUGCGAACAGUUAUUUCCAGCCCCCUCCCCUCGCUCCCAAUUCCUCCCCCCACCCCCCUCCUUUCCACCUCCGCGUCGCUGAUGCCUCUGCAAAAAGCAGAGUCAAGACGGCUCAGUUAGCAGCAUGUCUCGUCGAAAGCAAGCGAAACCCCAGCAUCUCAAAUCGGACGAAGAGCUGCAAGCGGAGGUAGUUUCCGAGCACGCAGUCCCAGGGGAAGGAGCAGACGAUGGUGACAGCGGGAACGAAAGCAGGAGCGGAAGUGAAGAAACCAAUGUUUGUGAGAAGUGCUGUGCGGAGUUCUUCAAGUGGACGGACUUCCUGGAGCACAAGAAGAACUGCACAAAAAACCCCCUGGUGCUGAUCGUGAAUGAAGAUGAGGCAGCUCCACCGCCCGCUGAGGAGUUCCCCGAGCCCUCACCUGCCAGCUCUCCUAGUGACCAGGCAGAGAGUGAAGCUGCUGAAGAAGGUGUCCAGCCGGAAAACAGCGAGAGCUCUGAAGUGAAAAGCACGGAAAAAGAAGAAGAGCCAAUGGAGGUAGAAACUGCGGAGAAAAGUUUCCAGAAUCAAGGCACCUCAAACACAGCUACUCCUCUACCUCAGCUCCCUGAACCAUCGCCUAUGACAAGCUAUGCCAUGCCAAACACGAAUGUCACACUGGAGACUCUGCUGAGCACUAAAGUGGCGGUCGCGCAGUUCUCGCAGAGUGCACGAUCGGCCGCUUCCGCCAGCAUCAGCAGUGGGGUGACAGCUGUGGCCAUCCCCAUGAUCCUGGAGCAGCUCAUGGCCCUGCAGCAGCAGCAGAUCCACCAGCUGCAGCUGAUUGAGCAGAUCCGCAGCCAGGUAGCCAUGAUGAACCGGCAGCCCCUGCGGCCGGCCCUUAACCCAGUGGUGGCCGCACCAGGAGUAGCGGGGCAGGCCUCAAACCAGCUGCAGGGCUUUGCCACGAGCGCUGCCAUCCAGCUCACCGCCGUCCUUCCUCCCGCCAUCAUGGGACAGGCCGCUGGCGCUCAGCCCCCUGCCUUCGACGGCUCUCAGCACAUCUCCAGACCUACGUCUGGAGCGAGCACACCCAAUAUAUCCAGCAGUGGCUCCUCUGCUCCUCCAGAAUCUAGUGUGCCCUGCUCUUCUAAUGCGAUUACAUCUGUAACACCUGUUUCAGUGUCAAACACUACUAUCAGUGCUUCGCAGCCCCAGAAUGCUUCAACUCCACCUUCCAUAGGACAUGGAAGCCUCACCUCGAUUUCUAACCUGCCAAACCCACUUCUACCUCAGACUUCCUCAAAUAGUGUGAUCUUCCCCAAUCCGCUUGUUAGCAUUGCAGCAACAGCUAAUGCACUAGAUCCUCUGUCUGCCCUCAUGAAGCACCGCAAAGGAAAGCCACCAAAUGUGUCAGUGUUUGAGCCCAAGUCAAGCUCCGAGGAUCCCUUUUUUAAACACAAAUGCCGAUUUUGUGCCAAGGUCUUUGGAAGUGACAGUGCUUUACAAAUCCACCUCCGCUCGCACACAGGGGAAAGACCUUUUAAAUGCAACAUAUGUGGAAAUCGCUUUUCCACGAAAGGCAAUCUGAAAGUUCAUUUUCAGAGGCAUAAAGAGAAAUAUCCCCACAUUCAGAUGAAUCCCUAUCCUGUUCCAGAAUACCUCGAUAAUGUGCCCACUUGUUCUGGUAUCCCAUAUGGGAUGUCGCUGCCCCCUGAAAAGCCGGUCACAACGUGGUUAGACAGCAAACCUGUUCUACCGACCAUUCCAACUUCCAUUGGGCUCCAGCUGCCCCCCACGAUUCCUGGUGUGAACAGUUACGGAGAUUCUCCAAGCAUCACUCCCAUGAGCAGGUCACCUCAGAGGCCUUCUCCUGCUUCCAGCGAAUGCACUUCCUUAUCUCCAAGCCUCAACACAUCUGAGUCAGGUGUUCCAGUGUCUGCUGAAUCCCCGCAGCCCGUUCAGAGCAGCUCGUCCCUGACCAAGGUGGAACCCAUCAGUCUGCCUCCCGCAAGUACGCGGGCUGGGGACCACUCUGUAAGUGGGCAAGUUUCCACAGCUUCCACGUCUUCAAUUCCAACCAUUGUUACGGAUAGCAGUGUUUCGACAAGCCUCCCAAACCCUGUGCUUCCAACAAUGUCUGACCAGUUUAAGGCAAAGUUUCCAUUUGGUGGUCUGCUAGAUUCUAUGCAAACAUCAGAAACCUCAAAACUACAGCAGCUAGUAGAGAACAUUGAUAAGAAGAUGACAGAUCCAAAUCAAUGCGUCAUUUGUCACCGUGUGCUUAGUUGUCAGAGUGCUCUCAAGAUGCAUUACAGAACACAUACAGGAGAAAGACCAUUUAAAUGCAAAAUUUGUGGACGUGCCUUUACUACCAAAGGCAAUCUAAAAACGCAUUUUGGAGUUCAUCGAGCAAAGCCACCACUUAGAGUACAGCACUCAUGUCCCAUUUGUCAGAAGAAAUUUACAAAUGCAGUUGUUCUUCAGCAGCAUAUUCGUAUGCAUAUGGGUGGGCAAAUUCCUAACACGCCAUUACCGGAGGGCUUCCAGGAUGCCAUGGACUCAGAACUUUCCUAUGACGAGAAGAACAUUGACACGUUGAGCAACUUCGAUGAUGACAUUGAUGAAAAUUCUAUGGAAGAGGACCCGGAGUUAAAGGACAUGGCAAGUGACUCAGCAAAACCCCUUAUCUCUUACUCUGGGUCGUGUCCUUCUUCACCGCCUUCUGUGAUUUCCAGUAUCGCUGCUUUGGAGAAUCAAAUGAAAAUGAUUGAUUCUGUCAUGAACUGUCAGCAGCUGACCAGUUUAAAAUCCAUAGAAAAUGGAUCAGGGGAAAGUGACCAUUUGAGCAAUGACUCCUCAUCGGCUGUUGGUGAUCUCGAAAGCCAGAGUGCAGGCAGCCCUGCAAUGUCAGAGUCUUCUUCCUCCAUGCAAGCUCUGUCUCCUGUAAAUAGUAACAGUGAAAGUUUUAGAUCAAAGUCCCCAGGUCUCAGCAACCAGGAAGAACCACAAGAAAUACAGUUAAAGACUGAAAAACCAGACAGCCCGCCACCUGCAACUGAAAAUGGAGGCGCGUUAGAUCUGACAUCCACCAACCCUGGAAGACCGGUCAUCAAAGAGGAGGCUCCUUUUAGCCUGCUGUUCCUGAACAGAGAACGUGGUCCCAGCCAAAGUACUCCUAGCCUGGUCACCAGUACAGCGCCUACCAUGAUCAAAAUGGAAGUGAAUGGUCACAGCAAGCCGAUCUCUUUGGGUGAGGUUCCCUCGCUUCCAGCUGGAAUCCAGGUUCCUGCUGCACCACAGACAGUGAUGAGUCCGGGGAUCACCCCCAUGCUGGCACCCCCCCCUCGCCGCACUCCCAAGCAGCACAACUGCCAGUCUUGUGGGAAGACCUUCUCCUCAGCAAGCGCACUGCAGAUACACGAGCGCACCCAUACUGGUGAAAAACCGUUUGGUUGCACAAUCUGUGGUAGAGCUUUUACCACAAAGGGGAAUCUUAAGGUUCACAUGGGAACGCACAUGUGGAAUAAUGCACCUGCACGCCGUGGCCGUCGCCUCUCCGUGGAAAACCCCAUGGCUUUGCUGGGUGGUGAUGCACUGAAGUUCUCUGAAAUGUUCCAGAAGGAUUUGGCAGCUCGGGCCAUGAACGUUGACCCCAGUUUUUGGAACCAAUAUGCUGCAGCUAUCACAAAUGGACUUGCCAUGAAGAACAAUGAGAUUUCUGUCAUACAGAACGGAGGCAUUCCCCAGCUCCCAGUAAGUCUUGGUGGAGGUGCCAUCCCACCUCUAAGCAACCUUACCAGUGGCAUGGACAAAGCUCGCACAGGCAGCAGCCCUCCCAUUGUUGGUUUGGACAAAGCAAGUUCUGAAACUGGAGCCAGUCGUCCAUUCACCAGAUUUAUUGAGGAUAAUAAAGAGAUUGGCAUAAAUUAAAAGCAUUCGUUACGAAUAACUGUUGGACCACUACUCAACGCAACACUUGUCCUGUUCCAUGUACAGCCUUUGAAGUUAAGCAUUAGUUUCCUGACCUAAAUGCAUAGGUUCCCCUUAAAAUUUUACCCGUAGCAGAAAUACCCAACUUUGUGGCUGCUGAAAAGUUGUCUUGCAAGAUCUGCAUGGUACUUCUUUCAACAGUGAGUUUGACUGUUAUUGAGAACUGUGAAACCAUUUAAUUUAACAGAAACAAACAAACAAAAAAAAUCAUUGGAUAACUUCAUUAGAAACAGAAAGAGGCUAGUCUACGUCCACUUUCUUCUUAGAAACCUUACUAUCAACUGAGAGAGGGGGCUUCGCUAUGGCAUUCUGUCACACUUGCUGGUUUUGUUCAAAUUAGUUAGCAACUUGGACUAUGUUUUUAGGAAUCUUAAUCUCAAAUAAGUGAUUUAGUACCCCAAUGCUGUGUAUUAUUACAGUAUCCUUGUCUGUAGUAUUUAUAAUGUUAAGACUAUGCGGGUAACAGACAAUAUACUAGCCCCAAAUUUAAAUGAAGCUCUUGUACUGCAAAAUACAUCUGGUUAUGUGACCUUUCUUUUUCUUUUCUUUUCUCUCUCUCU